GCGGGGCCGGCCGGCGCACACAUUCCGCUCGGACUUCUGCCUCUUCCCGACCGAAGUCCGCGUGACUUUUGCGAUGAACCUGCUCGUGUUGUUGCUGCUGAUGCAGCACGCGGCUUCCCAGCAAAGAGGUCUCUUCCCGGCCAUUUUGAACCUGGCCAGUAACGCCGAGAUCACCAGCAACGCCACGUGCGGAGACCCGCAAGCAGAAGUUUACUGCAAACUGGUCGAACACGUGCCCGGACGAUUGAUUAAGAAUCCUCAUUGUCCAAAGUGCGACGGCAACUCCGUUCUAUCCAAAGAGCGCCAUCCCAUCACGAACGCCAUCGACGGAACCAACCAAUGGUGGCAGAGUCCGAGCAUCAAGAACGGACGGCGAUUCCACUGGGUCACCAUCACGCUGGAUCUGAAACAGGUCUUCCAAGUGGCUUACGUCAUCGUCAAGGCGGCAAACUCUCCUCGACCCGGCAACUGGAUUCUGGAGCGUUCGGCGGACGGCGUGUCCUUUGAACCCUGGCAGUUUUACGCCAUCAGCGACUCGGAGUGCUUGUCUCGUUACAACGUCGCCCCGAGGGUCGGGCCCCCGACCUACAAAGGUGACUCGGAGGUCAUCUGCACGUCCUACUAUUCCAGGCUGGAGCCGCUGGAGCACGGAGAGAUUCACACCUCGCUGAUUAACAGUCGACCCGGGGCGGACGAUUUGACCUCUGAACUCUUGAACUUCACCUCGGCCCGCUUCAUCCGCCUUCGGUUCCAGCGAAUCCGAACGCUCAACGCCGACCUGAUGACUCUGAGCGCGCGCGACCCUCGAGACGUGGACCCCAUCGUGACCCGUCGGUAUUAUUACUCGGUCAAAGACAUUUCCGUGGGAGGAAUGUGCAUCUGCUACGGACACGCCCGGAGCUGCCCGCUGGACCCCGUGACCAAGAAACUGCAGUGCGUGUGCGAACACAACACUUGCGGAGCGAGCUGCGACCGCUGCUGCCCCGGUUACCACCAGCGGCCAUGGCGAGUGGGCACCAUCUCUGAGGGGCACACGUGCGAAAAGUGUAACUGUCACAACAAAGCCAGCGACUGUUUCUACAACCAAACGGUGGCCGAUCUGCGAUUGAGCGUCAACGUCCGCGGCGUCCGCCGCGGAGGCGGAGUCUGCACCCGAUGUCGGCAGAACACGGCCGGGAUCAACUGCGAGACCUGCGCCGACCGUUACUUUCGGCCUUCCCAGGUUUCUCCUUAUUCCGAGUCGCCGUGCGUGGAGUGCGGUUGUGAUCCGAGAGGGGCCCAGUCUCCCGUCUGCGCCAGAGAAGACGCUUUGCCAGGUGCUAGCGCAGGUCAGUGUACGUGUAAGAAGGGUUUCGCAGGCCGCAGGUGUGACCGUUGUGCUUUUGGAUUCCGAGAGUUUCCCGUUUGUGCCCGCUGCGAGUGUAACCCGGCCGGCAGCGUGAACGGGAACCCGUGCGACAGCUGCCUUUGCAAAGCCAACGUGAUGGGCGCUCACUGCGACCUGUGCAAGGCGGGCUUCUACAACCUGCAAGCCGCCAACCCGCUGGGCUGCACCGACUGCUUCUGCUUCGGCGUGUCGGAUGUCUGCCAAAGCUCCGCUUGGUUCGCCGCGCAGGUGGUUUCCGCGGAGGCUCGGCUGGACGCUUCCCCCUCCCUGCGCGACGACCCCGCCCUCCCGGCAAAGGAACCCGCCGCCUCCGGCAACUUCUCCUCCGGACAUCGUCCGACGCGGGAGCUGUCGUGGGAGGCGCCCGACACUUUCCUCGGCAACAAACUGACGUCCUACGGGGGUCUCCUGAACUACUCCGUCCUUUACGGCGGCUCGCCGGACGACGGUCAAGGUCCCGUGGCGGCCCGCGCCGACAUCAUCAUUCAGGGCAACGGGCGCGCGCUCCGCCUCUCGCCGCCUCACGUCCUCUUCCUCUCGCCGUCGGCCGAGCACGCGGCGGCCACGCGGCUGCUCCCGAGCCGAUUCGUAGACCGAGAAACGGGCGUCCGAGUGAGCCGCGACGAUCUGCUGACCGUCUUUGCCGGGGUGACGUCGUUCGGGGUCAGGGUUCAUCUCGACGCCUCGGCCGGCGGAGCUAUGCGCCUCGUCCGCGCGACCCUGGAGGCUGCCGACCCUCGGUCCGCGUCUGGCGUGCGGGCGCUCGCCGUGGAGACCUGCCAAUGUCCGUCGGGGUACGGCGGGACUUCCUGCGAGGUGAGCUCCCGGCUUCCCCUCGGCGCACGCGCGGCGCGCUUCCUCGGAAGGUGCCUCGCGAGCGUCUUUCUGGGCGUCCAGUCGUGUCUUCCAGGUUUUUACAGGGUCGGCGGAGUUUUGUUUGGAGGAAACUGCGUGCGGUGCCAAUGCAACGGCCACGCCUCCGACUGCGACGCCAACGGCGCGUGUCUGGGCUGCGGCCAUCAUACCGCCGGUCCGCACUGCGAUCGCUGCCUCCCCGGUUUCUACGGCGACCCCGCGGCGGGCACGGCGGACGAUUGUCGGCGCUGCGCGUGUCCUCUGACGGAGGCGUCCAACAGUUUCAGUCCCACGUGCGUGCUGGACUCUUUCGGGCUGGUCUCAUGUGACCGCUGUCGGGAAGGCUACGCCGGGAGCAGGUGUCACGAGUGUUCCGGCGGUUUCUACGGCGACCCGCGGGUCGCGGGCGGCUCUUGCGUUCGCUGCCGAUGCAACGGCAACGUGGACGCCGAAGAGGCGGGACAUUGCCACAACGUCACCGGGGAGUGCCUGCGUUGUCGCAACAACACGGCCGGAAGGCACUGCGAGAUCUGCGCCGCCGGUUUCUACGGAGACGCCGUGCACCGGAAGAAUUGCACAGACUGCGACUGCCACGUCAACGGAUCCCUGUCGAGCGUCUGCGAUGCCGCCUCGGGCCAAUGCCCGUGUCGAGACAAGAUGACGGGACGGGCGUGCGACCGUUGCCAGUGCGACCGCUGCGGCCGCGGUCACUUUGGUUUCGGGGCCGACGGCUGCGCGGCGUGCGCCUGCAAUCACACAAGCGGAAACUGCGACAGCCACAGCGGAGAGUGCGUCUGCCCCGCCCACACGGAGGGUGACGGCUGCGACGCCUGCGAGGCGGGAUACUGGGGUCGCCACCCCGUUUCGGGCUGCCAGCCUUGCAACUGCAGCGUGGAAGGAAGCGCCGCCUCUCAGUGCGAGCGCGCCGACGGCCGGUGCGCGUGCAGAGAGGGCUUCUCCGGCAGGUCGUGCGACCGCUGCGCUCCCGGUCACUACGGCUACCCGGCGUGCUCGCCGUGCGCCUGCCCUCUCCGGAACAACAGUUACAGUCCCACGUGCGUGUCCGAGGGAACGCUCGGAGGCUUUCGCUGCACUUCCUGUCUGACGGGGUACGAAGGCCGCUACUGCGAGCGGUGCUCUCCGGGCUACUACGGCACCCCGUCGCUGCCCGGGGGGACGUGCGCCCCGUGCGGCUGCAGCGCUUGGGGCUCCCUGCAUCCGCUGUGUGACCCGGUGAGCGGCCGGUGCCCGUGCAAAGCCGGGGUCGCGGGGCCCGCGUGCGAGCGGUGCGACGACCGUCACGUCCUGGAGGGAAGCGAAUGCUCGCUGUGCGACGACCGUUGCGCCGGCGCUCUUCUGGACGACUUGGACCGGACGCACCAAGAGUGGCGAGGCGUCAACAUCGGCGGCGUUGCCGUGGCACCCCAUCGCCGGCUGGUGGCGCUGAAAAGGCAGACCGCAGACGUGCAGCUGAUGUUUUCAGAACGCGCGUCUUUGGAGAUGCCGUCGUACGCAGCGGAAGAAGACUCUGCGCGACUGACCUCUGACCUCAGCCUUCUGGGAAAGCGGGCUGCAAACGCGUCCCGCGACUGGGAGCGAGCGGCCGCGUCCGCCGAUGACGGCGUGUCACUCGCGCGUCGGCUGAUGGACAAGGUCCGGCGGGUUCAAGACCACAUCGAAGCUCUGGGGAGGGAGGCGGAUCACCUGAAUCGGGCCGCCGAGGCGGCACCCGAAACGGCCCGUCGCACGCAACUGCUGGACCGGGCGGCCUCCGCGCUGGAAAGCAUGCGAGCCUUCGAUCUGAGCGGAGCCGCGAGCGCGGCGCGUCUUGAGCUCAGUUGGUCAGAGUCUCUCGUCGAGUCGCUCCAACGCCAUUUCCUUCCGGGCGCAGGCGAGAGUCUCCGCCCCCUCGCCGUCGGCCUGGCGGCUCAGGCGCAAAGGCUGCAAGAAGCACAAACGCGCCUGGAAGACGCCGCAAAAGAAAACGCACGAACGCGCUUUGUGAUGAAGGCCACAAACGCUUUGCUUGGCCGCUACCAGGCAGCCCACCAGAACGUCAGCGUCGCGUGCGCGUGCGCGGAGGAGGCGGUGGAGGCCGGCCGGCCGCUGCUGAGCGACGCGCUCCACCUGACGGGAGAGUUCGGCAACAUCACCGCCCAGGCGGACGCGCUGGGAGGCCAGCUGGAUCAAUGGCGCCCGCCGCUCAGGAGGAAGGUGGAGGCUCUCGUCGCGGGAUUGAAGAGCACCGAUUCGCUGGAAAGGGUUUACCGAGCGGAGAGCCGCGCCCACCUGCUUCUCAGACACGCCCUGUCUCUGCGCCGCGCUCUCGCGGUGGGAUGGAACGCUUCUCAGAACAGCAGCCGACUGGUGGCGCCGGAUGCCAACGUCGCAAACGCCAUCAACGAGGCCCGGCGAGUCGCCUCGGACGCCGCCAACUCUGCCGGCCUCGCUGUCGACAUGACCAACCGAUCGGAUCGGACCCUGUCAGUCGGGGGCGGGGCCGGGCUGAGCGCCAUCUCUGCCGCGCUGACGGAGAGUCACGCGAUCAACAAGACAGCCGAAGACGUGCGGCUGAAGUUGUCCGCGCUAACCGCGAGACGGGGGAUGCUGAGCGACCGUUUGCGCGACGCGGGCGUCGGCCUCCGUCAUCCAAUCAGAGAGCUGCGCAGCCUCUCCGAGGGGUCGUCGCGGGCGCGCGAGGCUCAGUCGCAGGCCGCGCUCGCUCACUCCGGCCUGCAGGAGGCGCUGCGGCACUUGUACGCCCUGAGACGGCAGCUGCGGGAUUCUUCUUCUGCGGUGGAAAAAAGCAACCUGAGCGCAACGGAGACCGAUCGGCUGAUGACGCGGACGCGUUCCACAGCCGAUGAGGCGCGGGGGAAACUGGAGGAGGCGGAGCGGCGCGCGCGGCGCUUGAGUGACAAAAUAAAGCCCCUGAGCGCGCUGGGAGAAAGUCUGAGCGGGAACCUGUCCGACAUCCGAGAGCUCAUCGAGCAGGCCAGAAGACAAGCGGCGUCCAUUAAGGUGGCGGUGCAGGCGGAUGGAGACUGCGUCCGUUCGUACCGGCCCCAAAUUCAGUCCAGCAACUUUAACACCUUGACCUUGACGGUGAAGACCAAGAGUCCAAACAACCUGCUUUUCUACAUGGGCGGCGAGACAACGAUGGAGUUCCUCGCCGUGGAGACGCACGAUGGGAAAGUUUCUCUGCUCUGGGACGUCGGAUCCGGCGGCACCAGGCUGGAAUAUCCGGGACUGGACAUCGCCAACAACAGAUGGACCAGCGUCAACGCCACACGGCUGGGCUCUCGCGGGUUCCUGUCCGUCCAUCAGCCGGAGGCGCCGCCGGCGCAAACGGUGACGGCGGCGUCACCCGGACCGGCCCGGGUUCUACACGUCGACAACGGCACCGCGGUCCAUCUCGGAGGGGUGGCGGACGGCGCCCGGAGGCCGGCGGCGUUGCGGUGGUCGACGUUCCGGGGCUGCCUGGGCGAAGCGUCGCUCAAUGAGAAAAACAUCGGCCUGUGGAACUACAUCAGCAGACAAGGACAGUGUGGAGGCUGCUUCAGCAGUCCACAGGUGGAAGAGACAUCUUUCCACUUUGACGGUUCUGGAUUCUCACUCGUCCAAAAGUCUCUGCGAGCCACAUCCACAUCUGUCGUCUUAUGGUUUAAAACGCUGUCGCCAGGCGGAUUGCUGAUGUACGUGGCCUCCAACAACACGCGGGACUUUUUGUCCGUUGAGCUGAUCGAGGGCUGCCUGCGUCUGACCUUUGACCUCGGCUCGGGUCCUCUGGUCCUCACUUCUAGCAGGAAGUAUAAUAUCGGCGUGUGGUACAAGGUCACGCUGCAAAGGAACCGACGCAAAGGUUACAUGUCGAUCAUGGCGGCUGACCAAUCAUCUGAGAAAGAAGUGUUGGAAGCAGAGUCACCUGGCACUGCCUCUGAUCUCAACCGUUCUGACCUGGAUCCCAUCUACAUCGGAGGGCUUCCCGCUUCCCGGCCAAUCAGGCAACAAGUGGCCUCGAGAUCCUACGUCGGCUGCAUCAAGAACGUCGAGAUCGCAAGGUUGAACUUUGACCUGCUGAGAGAUGCAUACGGAGUCAGGAAAGGCUGCGUUCUCGAGGCAGUGCGGAGCGUGUCCGUGUUAAGCGGCGGCUUCGUUCAGAUCGCUCCUCGUUCACUUGGUCAGGAGGCGGAGUUUCUUUUCUCCUUCAAAUCAAUCAACCAAUCAGGAGUCCUGUUGGCCGCCUUCACCGAUAACCCUGCCCAGCCACGGCGCUUCCUGUCCGUCCACCUGCUCCGCGGCACGCUGGAGGCGGAGCUCGGGUACAUCGGCGCGGACGGUCGGCGGGUGGCGGCCGAAGGCGGAUCCUUCGUCGACGGAUCGAAACACUCGGUCAUCGUUAACGUCGGUCGCAAGUCUCUCUCCAUCCAAGCGGAUGACGGAAAGCUCAAAUCGGCACCGUUAGCCGGCGGGCUUCCCCUUCUCUCCUCUGCCUCUUUUUUCAUCGGAGGACUGCCUUCCGGCGCCGAGUCGCACUUGCCGAGCAGGUUGCAGAAGAUCUCCAAGUUGUUCAGAGGCUGCGUACAGUACCUGGCGCUCGGCGACCGGCUCGUCGACCUGUCGGCGGCCGUCAGGUACGAGGGCGCGGCGCUCGACAGCUGCCUGUUGGAGGAGAAAAGCAGAGGGGCCGUUCUGCCGGAAGACCAGGACGUAGAGGAGGCCACUCCGGAGCCUUCCCGAGCGUCGCUCGCCCCGCCCGCCCCUCCGACGCCCACCGAAUUAACGGUAAUUGGCGCGGAAAUAUCGAGCGGGAUAACGGGACGUUUUUGGACGGCGGGUGACGUGCGACGGGCGUUGCAGUGUGCGCCGGAAAGCGAGAUGAGCUUCCUGCCCGCGGCGGCUCACUUUGGCUCCUCCCGGCACAGUCACAUGACCUUUACCGUCGACCCGGUCACGGUCCGCAAGCGCUUGUCCGUGCGCCUGUCGCUCCGAACCCGAGCUCGGGACGGCUUGUUGCUCCUUCUGGCCGACGCCGACCGGACGGACUUUGCCAUCCUGCGGCUGGCGGCCGGGCGAGCGCUGAUGUCGGCGGACCUCGGGAAGGGCGUCGCCACCGCCGCCUCCGCGGUGAGCGUGAACGACGGGAAAUGGCACACGGUCACGGCGGACGUCGGUCGACGCUCUGUUUCGGUCUCUGUGGACGCCUCCGCUGCGGUCUUGGCGGCAGUCAAAGGGAACCAGCUGGACGUCGACGGCAGAUUGUACCUUGGCGGAUUGCCGCCCGCGCACGACACCCGAAGAAUAAACGUGACAACGAGUCUCGGGGGUUGCGUUCGCUCCGUGAGCGUGAACGGCUUGGCGCUGGAUCUCUCGCGGCCGGCCUCGCGACGCGACAUCGCUUCCUGUUUCACAAAGGAGGAGACGGGAAGUUACUUCAACGGCAGCGGAUACGCCGCGCUGAUGCGGGACGGAUACAAGGUGGGUUCUGACGUGACCGUGUCUCUGGACUUUCGGACCAGCCAAUCGGAAGGCGUCCUCCUGGGUAUCAGCAGCGCCAAGGUGGAUGCCGUUGGCCUGGAGAUGAUCAAAGGACAGGUGGUGUUCAACGUCAAUAACGGGGCGGGCAGAGUGCGGGUCGCUUCUGGCGGUCCCGCGCUGUGCGACGGCCGCUGGCACCGCCUGCUGGCCAGGAAGACCAAACACGCCCUGAGCCUGAACGUGGACGGGCGGAGCGACUCCAUCGCCAACCCCUACCCGCAAUCCACCUCCGCCGAGACCAAUAACCCCGUCUUCGUGGGCGGCUACCCGGACGGAGUCAAGCAGAAUUGCCUGUCCACCAAGCGGGCCUUCCGAGGUUGCCUGAAGAACGUUCGUCUCAUCAAGUCGCACGUCGCCAGCCCUCUGGACAUGAGCCGGGCCCACUUCUCGCUGGGCGUCGCCCCUCGCUCGUGUCCGGCCGCCUAGCGAGGCUUCAAAUGUUGGCGCCUAACCUUCCGACAGAAUAAAGAGCCCAAAGCGUUUGCUUCAGCCG